GAAAAUUAGACUUUCCCAUUGUUUAUAGAUUUUUAUAAAAACGCGUCAAGGUUCAUUAAGUAUUUUAGACUCCAUCAGUGCCCUCUUCUCUUCCCCCCAUCCAGCUGAUUGCGGGGCUUCCAAACUGCUGCUAUUUUGAGAUCUCCUUUGUAGCCAGAAGAUGAUGGAGGCAAAGAAUAGCUGGCAGGUUGCCAAUCCUUCCUCAAAGACAAAAGGUUUGGCAUCCUCUCUGGCAACAGUGGCAACCCUAAUCCUUGCCUUACUUUGCAAAGGCGUGCUGGCCCAGCACUUCGACUUUUCCAUCAAAGUGGUCCAAACUAUCACUGUACAGAAAGGUUUCUGUGCCUAUGUUGCCUGCAGGUUUACUACACCUAGAUGGUUCAUGGAAAAGUCUGGGCCAUUAUAUGCCUUUUGGCUUAAGGAUGCAGAUAAAUCCCACAGCUGGAUCUGGCCCGGAUAUUGGAUCCCCGGUAAAAUUGUCUGCACCAAUAACGUAAAUCAAAAUCUUACCACGACCCAUUUCAAGCUAACAGGAGAUCCUAAGACUGGUGACUGCUCCUUCAGCAUCAAGAAUAUGGGGCCAGAAGAUGUGGGCUGGUACUAUUUGCGAAUUGAGAAAGGAGAAGGAUUCAGCUUUCUUUCUUUCGGUAAACGAAUUCAUACUCAACCUCAGAUUUUCUUGACAGAUCUGACGAAGCCAAAUAUUGUGAAGCCAUCAGAGGCAGUCUGGCGUAAACCAGCCACUUUCAGAUGUAUCGUGCCAGGAAUGUGCCCAGAGAAUAUACCCCAAAUCAACUGGAAUGCCAAUUUAAAGAAUCACGUCAAACAUUUCUGGCAAACGGCAGCGGGCGACUGGAGUAAGACAUACGGAGGUGACAUCACCUUUACGCCCUCCUUAGAUGAUGAGGGCAAAGUCCUCACCUGCAGCGUCAGAUACCAACACUUGAAGAAAACAGUCCAUCAAUCCACCCGCGUUGCCUUUGGCUAUCCCCCUGAGGCCACCACCACCAUGGGGAGCACGACGUGCCAGUAUGAGAAGAAAGGACACUUAUGCUUCUGUUCUAUCCACUCCUGGCCUCCAUCCAAAAUUGAAUGGCAUGUGGACGGGAAGCUUGUAAAUGAGACUAUGAGAUCAGGGGCCAUGAAACUCUUCUCCUGGGUUGAGGGCAACACGGUUACCAGCACCCUGAGCUGGCCAGGAGACUUAGAUGGCCAGAAAAAGCCUUUAAUCACCUGCACCGGAGCAAAUAAAUAUGGGGCGGUCACAAUCAACGUCUCCUCUGAGCGCAACGUGACAAGUACCGGUGCAGUGACCAAAUCACCACAGAAAGACAAGACGGAGCUGAGCAGUGGGAUGAUUUCUGGGAUUGUUUUCGGGGUCAUUGCUGCACUUGCCAUUUCAGGGGGCAUCCUUUACUCUUUCUUAGCGUUCCAUCGGCGAGUAACCAACGUACCAGUGAUUUGACUUCAGUUUUUACAGUGCAUGUUGAUAUUUUCCAUUCAAUACAACUGAGGGUCAUAUAAGAUGAAUC